UCGCACCAGUCGGCGAUCGUCUUUAUCACAAAUUACACUGUAGAUUCGAUAUUGCUUCAAUUCUGAAAAGAACACGCGUAUCGUGUAUCGAGGGAGGAGAAAAUUAGAUUUUAUAUUAAAUAUAGAAUAUAUACAUAAAGUUACGAGCAAAAACACAUUGAAAAGCGAAUUUGAUGUCCAUAUCGAACCGAAUCCAGGCUGAGGAUUAAGUGCUAUUUUACUGACAAGAAAAAUAAAAAGUCAAACGGCGGGACGAAGUCUUUCCGAUGGGAUCCAGGAUGUACCCGAAACAUUUGAGCACCGGAUCGGUACCGCCGCCCCUCGUACCCGGCAAAAUACGCCUGUACAGCAUGCGCUUCUGUCCGUUUGCGCAAAGAAUCCACCUCGUGCUGGAUGCCAAACAAAUCCCAUAUGAUGUAGUAAAUGUGAAUCUAACACAUAAGCCGGAGUGGUUGAUAGAAAAGAGCCCCCUUAAUAAAGUUCCUUGUAUCGAACUGGAAAAUGGAGAGACACUUUAUGAGAGCCUAAUUAUUGCUGAUUAUCUGGAUGAUGCAUAUCCUCAAAACAAGCUAUAUCCAAGUAAUCCUUUAAUGAAGGCUAAAGAUAAGUUGUUAAUCGAUAGAUUUAACACAGUGAUAUCCACUAUGUACUUUAAGGGAUUCAGUUCAGAAGCACCACUGCAGCAGGAUGAUUUCAAUGAGAUACUAAUUGGCCUAGAACUCUUCGAACGGGAAUUAGCAAAAAGAGCAACUCCCUUUCUUGGAGGCAGCAAACCUGGCAUGCUGGACCUCAUGAUAUGGCCGUGGUGUGAAAGAGCAGAUGUAUUAAAGAUUCUAAAGGGAGAGCAAUUCGCCAUACCUCGGGAUCGUUUCUUGCGACUGCUUAAAUGGAGAAUGGCCAUGAAAGAAGAUAAUGCGAUAUGCGGCAGCUUCCUGGAUGCCCAAGUGCACGCCGACUUCCUUCGUAGUCGCCUAGCUGGGGCACCUCAGUAUGAUAUAAUAGCCAACAGCUAAAGAAUCCAAAAGAAUGGAGCUAUGAUCCGUUCCAACUUGCAAUAUUUUUUGAAGGUUGAAGGAUACACCACUUUGUACGUUGUCAUUUCGAUAGUACAUUAUAUUUUAUGUACUUACAUAUAGGUAUAUAUACGUAUAUGUAUGUAUUUUUGUUAAGUAAAAUUGAUGUUUAUAUAUAAUCCGUCUAGAACGGAUACCAUCUAGUUUGUGAAACAGAGGCAUUUAUCUUGUUAUGCUGAUUAAAACAAAAUAAAUUUUUUUAUAAGAAAGU